ACAUCUAAAAGUUGCAGGGCAGUGGCCCUCCAGGACUGGAGUUUGACACCUGUGGUUUAAGGGAUAUUAAUAAGGCAAAGUUACAUGAAGGCACAUCUUAUCUUCAGAUGAUAAAUCUGCAACAAGCAAAAAAAAAACACAACAACAUUUCUACUGUAGUUUAGAAUGCAUUCCGUAGUGAGUCAAUACAAUGUUGGAUACACUUUCUGGUCAGCUUAGAGUCGGCAAGCUUACGGCCCAAAGUGGAACUACUUCCUGUACAGUUUGUGCAGGAAUUUCAGGCUUAUGCUCAGUAAUCCUCGGCGUCUGUGAGAACAAAGCUGAUUGUGUGUGUGUGACCAUACAAGUCGUACGGGACUCACACAGCAUUCCAGACACAUUCAUUUGCAGAGGUGCAACUGUUCCACCUUCGGGGUUCUCCGUCAACUUGGUGUCGGCCCCCCGAGCCUGGCAUGCGUAUCGGGUGUUUGUGCUUCUUUCUUUAUCUGACCAGGCGUCGUAGAAAAGAAACAAAAAGUUCUUCCAAUUCUUUGUGAUAGCAGCAAGUACAUUUUUACCUCAUUAAAAAUCCAGAGACUUGUCCAAAAGCGCUAAUCUAUGACCACCCCUCCACCUCCCUCCGCCACCCUCUCACGCCUGAGCACCAAAGCCCCACAUCCUUCUCUGCCCUCUUUGCUGUCCUCCUCCUGGACUGGUUGGCAUGUGUAUGGAAUAAAAAUGUGUCGGCGCUUUUGUCUUGCUGGAUCCAAGUAGCAGCGCUAGUCUGAGCCAGGAGAAUAGGAGCUAGAGGGGAGAGCAGAGCUGUCUCCAUUCAGUCGAAGAAGAGAUACAUGGGUGCUUAACGAGGAAGAGACGAGGAAGAAGAGAAAGAAGAAGAAGAAGGAAGGGGAGCCUCCAGUGCUAAAGAUGCUCUAGGCUUGUCAGCAGCUCUUUCUUCCUGAAAUGGACUGAGUCGAGCAUCAGCUGACUCAAACUCACCUGAGACGACCGAGAAGGGGAGUCGACGCAGAGCACAGAGGAGGAAGGCAGACACAAAAGUCAGAAGAUGGAAGAGUCUUCGCAGGACGUCAGCCAGAUGACCAGCCAGCAGGCUCUCUGUGACCCCACUGAACGGAAAAGCAGAAAGCGCCUCUCCACUCUCAAAAUGUUCAUCAUAGCGCUCUCCUUCGCCUACUUCUCCAAGGCGCUGACAGGCACCUACAUGAAGAGCUCCAUCACUCAGAUAGAGAGACGCUUCGACCUCUCCAGCACGCGCGUCGGCCUCAUAGAUGGCAGCUUUGAGAUGGGUAACUUGCUGUUUCUCGCCGUGGUCAGCCAUUUUGGGGCUCAGCUCCAUCGGCCCAGACUCAUCGCUGCCGGGUGUUUGCUCAUGGCCGUCGGCGCCCUUCUCACGGGCCUGACGCAUUUCUUCAUGGGAUUCUAUAAGUAUGACACAGUUAUUCAGGUUCUCCAGAACAGUAAUGUGAGCAUUCCAGCAUGUGUGGAUCCUCUGAAGACUGUCGACAUGCCAGAAAUUCAGAUUGAGCCUUCUGUGGAAGACAGCAAAGGCUGUGAGAGAGAGUCCAGCUCCCACAUGUGGAUCUAUGUGUUCCUUGGGAACGCUUUGCGCGGGAUCGGAGAAACUCCCGUCACGCCCCUGGGCAUCUCGUACGUCGACGACUUCGCUAAAGCGGAAAACUCUCCUUUCUACAUCGCUUGUCUCCAGACUAUUACUCUCCUGGGCCCCAUGUUUGGAUUUCUCCUGGGUUCCUAUUGUGCUAAACUUUACGUUGACAUUGGAUAUGUUGAUAUUGAAAGCGUCACCAUAACUCCAAAAGAUUCCCGCUGGGUGGGUGCCUGGUGGCUGGGCUUCCUGGUAUCCUCUUCCCUGCUGCUGGUCUCCAGUAUCCCUUUCUGGUUCCUGCCGCGCUCGCUUCCCAAACAAGGGCAUGAAACGGAUAAACCCACUCCUCCCUCCCUGAUCCUCGUUGGGGCAGGGAGUGCACAGAACAGCAACCAAACCAUCAAGCUGACCGAAAUCGCAAAAGGGUUCCUUCCGUCACUGAAACGUCUCUUGGGGACCCCUGCUUACUUCCUGCUUCUUUGUGCGAGCAUUCUGAAGUUUAACUCAUUUAUAGGCCUGUUGACUUUCAAAGCCAAAUACAUGGAGCAGCAAUUUGGACAAUCAGCAUCCAGAGCAAACUUCCUCAUAGGAGUGCUGAACCUACCUGCAGUGGCCGUGGGAAUCUUUUUGGGGGGGCUCCUGAUGAGGAGGUACAAGCUGAGUGUGGUGUCAGGAGCCCAGCUUUCUUUUGCCACAUCUUUCAUGGGGUACCUUCUCUUACUACUGCAGUUUGGCACCAAGUGUGACAACAGGCCAGUGGCUGGCCUCACUGUAUCAUACAAUGGGACACAGAGUGUAUCAUACAAUGGGGAGAUGCUCUUCUCAGACUGUAACAGAGACUGCUCUUGCUCGCCAGAUGAGUGGGACCCCGUCUGUUCGGACAGCGGCAUCACCUACGUCUCGCCAUGCAUGGCGGGCUGCCUCAACUCAAGCGGACGCGGCAAAAACACAGUUUUUCACAACUGCAGCUGUGUCUCCACCUCUUAUCCGCCUGGCAGCUCCAUGUCAGUGAGGCUGGGUCAGUGCCCUCACGCUAAGGACUGCAGCCGCAGCUUCACCUCCUACAUGGCUGUUUCUGUUCUCAGCUCCUUCAUCAACUCUCUGGGAGCCACGCCCGGCUACAUGGUCAUCAUACGCUGCAUCACACCAGACCUCAAAUCCCUCGCUUUGGGUAUUCAGACUUUGGUAACCAGGACUCUUGGUGGAAUUCCAGCGCCUGUGUAUUUUGGAGCUCUGAUAGACUCUACUUGCCUGAAGUGGUCUAUCAAGAAGUGCGGAGGAAGAGGGGCGUGUCGCAUUUACGACUCAAAUAUGUACAGAAUCGUUUUCCUUGGUCUGAUUACUUGCCUCAGCGGCACUUCCUAUUUCUUCAUGAUUGCCGUCAUCGUCCUCCUGAAGCGACAGUUUUGGAAAGCAGACCGGGAGACAGAGCUGCAACAACCCAGAGCGGCAAAGGAAAGUGGAAUUAUGGUUCAGCUGGACAUUCAGGAGAAGAGCAGUGCUGGGAACACAAGUCCCAAACCGUCUUCUGACAAAACAGACUCUGCUGGAGUUGAGAAAGACUUGGAAGGAUGAGGGGAAAUAGUCAGAACAGAGCGACUCAUUGCAAAUAAUAGUCUAUUUUUCAUAAAUAUAUAUGAUGGGAACCUGACAGAGACUUCAGGUGAGUUGUUUUUCUUUCUCAUAGAUGGUCAGAGAAUGUUAUCAACAAAACCUCUGGUCUAAAAAGAUCAUUAUUUCCUAAGUCAUGCAAUAAAGCAGGCAGUUCAAGUUAGUCUUCUCUUGCUAGGUCUGUUUACCUCCAUAUUGGUUAUCAUGUAACAGUUCAUUUUACUACUACAGACAGGUGGAGCAGCAAUUUAAUAUACUGACCUUUUUGUACAUAUGACAACGCUACAUCUCUGCCAUGUUGAAAGCAAAACUGAUUGUUUAAUCAAACCUCUUGUUUAAAAAUGCUAUUUUUGGCAAUAAAUAAAUCCUUCAGUAAGAGAUUUUGUCCCAUUUGGGUUUUUAUAGAUCUUCUCUACAUUUGUUUUUGACUCCAAAACGUCGACUUUGUUGUCCUUAAGCCACUUUGUAACCACUUGUUUAUUCAUCUGGAUGACCAAUCUGUGCCCAAGUUUUACUUCCUGUUUGACGUCUUUAGAUGUUGCUUCAACAUUUCCAUAUAAUGUGCUUAUAAAGAUGCCAUCUGUUAAAUGAAGGGCACCAGCUCCUCCUGCAGCAGUAUGGUGGCUGGACAUUCCCACCAUGUGUAUAUUUGCGUAUAAUUGAAAGGAUGAAUGCGACACUUUGUAUUCCCAGCGGAGCUUGGUUGACGCUGUUUCUUUGUGUUUGUUGAUGCGUCAUGAGCUGGGUGGACCUAGAAAGAGAUGCAUACACCUUACAUGGGCACAUGCUCUCUCUGUUGCAACACCUUCCUCUCAGAAACAUCUAUAGGAUGUUUGGACAUAAUCCACUGUCAACACUGCAGAUUGGAUCCUCUCAAUUAUUAUUACAGACCACACGUCAUUAAAUCGGUGGGUGCAGGGUGCAGGUUUACCAAUCAUCUCCCGUCGACAUUUGAUCUCAAUCAUGUUCGACACCGAAAGCAGGAACAAACCUUGCCGGACAUUUAUGUUGCAGUUUAUGAGGACCGGUGUUUGGAUUCAAUCCAAACGUGAGCAAAGUUGCAAUAAAAACUGCUUUACUUUGUUUUCUUGAAGCAGAAAUUUUACUACUUCCUGGGGAAAAUCUGCCUCCUUCGCGUUCCUGAGUGAUCUGUGGGUCAGGAUGACAUUUUCCCUCCAUUCCUCUGACAAGGAAAAAAUGUAGACUGGCUGAGUCGUAUGCAGUGGUGCACAGUUUCUUUAUCUAAAAACAGACAUUAAGCUGUACAUUUUUGACCCAAUUCACAAACAUGUUGUCAAACUGGUGAAAACCAAACUGAGCAACCUCACAAGGAGGCUGAAUGGUAAACAAACUUUUGAGUUUUCAGUCUUUUCCUGUUAAGAAAGUUGCUGAAAUUUUAAAAUGCUAACGUAAACUGUGAGUUUAUAAAGUUAAGGUAAGUGAAUACACUGAAUCAGAAAUGCUAACUGGGCUUCUCACAAUGGGUAGCAGCAAAAUACAGUUUUAUUGCUACUCGUCUCUCUCACACACAGUGUGACAUCACCUCUCCAAGCACUGAAGGGUUAAAAGGAAAACAUAAAUCAGACACCAACAUCAGCAUCAUCAGCCAGUGGCGUUGUACUGCCAUGUCUCCAAUCCCUACUGACUGGACAUCCCUAAAAGCCAAUAGAUAACCUGUUGUGGCCCAGUUGACAGAACCUGCCUGUGUCACCCUCUGAUAUAAUGUCGCCCUGGGCAGUGACCCAUAUCAUCCACAUCAAAAACUGCCACAAGGGCUAAUAUUAAGUCAGAUUUGUCAUUGGUCGGUCACAUUCCCAAAGGCCUUGAUGGACACACAACUUUAUUUGCACUGCUGGACACAGACUUUGCUGCCAAAUUCCAAAAAAUUUUAUUUAAAGAGAAUUACAACAUAAUAGUUCAAAAGUGAUUUAAUCUGGUUUUCCCAAUUAACAAAAUUUAACUUUGGUAAGAUAUGAUGGAAGAUUUUUGAUACAUUAGGAGGAAAUGUGUCCAAAUCAACCUGCCCUAAUGUGAAAAAGCAAUUGCUUUUUCCGUGUUUUUAUUCCAUUAAACAAAUCCUACUUUGAAAUGUGUUUUGUUUUGUUGUAUUUACUCAGAUUGGUUUUGCCUGAUGUUAAAAUUAGCUUGGAGAAUUUAGUUUGUCCAUUAAAAUCAGUAAUUGUUCAUUUCUUCAUUGGGUUUCACAUACAUGCAGUAUUUUAUUUUAUUUUUCUACACCUCAUCAUUACGUUAUGAAUGAAUCUGUAGUAAAUGACAAAUCACGCUAAACUGAUAAGCGGCUAUUCAUUAUUAAAUGCAAUUCUUCUUCAAAUCUAUUAUUAAUCGCCUUGGAGUCCCUCAGGGUCUCAAGUUUGGCGACCUGUUCUUCAUGAGGCGUCUCACAAGGCAAACUUUGACAGAGUUCUGCUCUCUGUUGAGUUUGCGGCGGGUCAGUCCCAACACGGCGACUGAUGACAAUGGUGACGAAGGAGGUGAUGAUGAUGAUGACGCGCAGCAAUUCCUCUGUAUGCGGCUGUCCGAAAACAAAUCUGAACGUAUAAGAGCCCCUCCCUUUUCCACCCAACCCUGCGUGAAAAUAAAAAUUGCUUGGCUAUACUUGGAGAGAGCUGAUGUCACAAGUAGUUUGAGCAAAGAGUUUAUACUUUGUGACAUCCUGACAAACCAUCAGACUGCUCAACAGACAGACGAGGAUAAAACGCUACACCCAGUGAGUAUAGGAACCUUCCAGUUCCUAUAGGUCUUUAUUUUUAUUUUUUACUGACACUAAGUUCUUGCUUUAAGUUUGGACUUUUACAAAUGUUUGUUUUAGUUUUUGAUGCAAGAUUUCUGCUAAAUCUGUUUUUCUUUUUCAAGAUUUUCCAAGGCAAGUGAUUUUUACCAAGCAAGAAUGGAUGCAAUUUUUUAACCAUUAGCAAAAAGCUGGUUUAUUCUAUUAAAAAUAUAAAUCAGUUUCAUGUAAAGCUAUAAUACUUUUUUAUAUAUAUAAAUCAUGACAAACACACGUUUGAAUGUUUCCACUAAUAUUUUGAGAUUAAAAAAGAUUUCACUCAUCAAAUCCAUUGGGUAUUUAUUGAUUAUAUAUUUAUGUAAACAGUAUAUAUAUUUAUUGAAUAAAUACCCCGUAUGAGAAAUGACUGAUCUCAGCUUCUAUUAUUUUUUAACUUCAUAUUGAAAUCUGUUUUUUUUAUAGUGUGUUACCUCUCUUUUUUUAAUGUUUUUCUUUACCAAUUUGAAUAUCAUACUAUACAAAAAACAUUUCUGUAAAGAUGGAGAAAACAAAGUUUAACGUUGAUGAAACCCUUUGUGUUUCUCCAGGAAGUCAUCAGCACCAGAAACACCAUGUAUCACCUGAGAGUGCCUGUGUUUCUCCUGGCGGCGCUUGUGUUGCUCCGCUGCAUCGCAGCCGCUCCAAGCCUCAGGGAACCUCGUCUUCUUCUUUACAGGGCCAGCUCACAUCUCUUGUGCACAGCAACCGCGCCACCAAUGGCGAUUUGUUAUAUUUCCUGUAUCGUCACAUUUACAAUCAGCCUUCACCACAGGAACAUAAUAGGACCGGGUGGAACGGAGCCGGGCUUGGCCAGGCUUGGACCCUGCAGUGCAAAAACGGCUUAAGAAAGCACUCCAUUGUGCAAACCUAGGACGGCUGGCUAAGUGUCCACUGUCUCCCCUCUCACUCAGGACUAGCAGCUAGUAUAAAGAGGGUAUCAUCAGCGUGAAAUACUUUGACCCUUUUCCACCUGUAAUCCAGGUACUUCAGCUCCGGCUCCUCCGACGACGACGACGAGCAAGAAAAUGCUCUUCCAGACAAGGAGAGCAGGUCACUGCCUGAGCUAAUCGCCGACCCGUUCUCCGGCCUCAUGGGCGCGCGGCCUGAGAGGGGGCUCACAGCAACAAACAGUCAUCACUUACAGAAGAGAGAGGGCAACAAAGCUUCCUGUUUGAACCAAAAGUUACCAGACUUCCUGGGCCGUCAAGACAAAAAAGGAGGAACCAAGAACUCCUUCGGCAAGAGGGAGAUACAUCUGCCUCCCGCCCAGCUGCCAUAGGGGAACUGGCCCAGAGGAGCCACGACUCCUAUAUAGUACAAACUGGGAGAAUACCCCAGUGACCUAAUGAUCAUGUGAAACAGUGAAUGAAUGAAUGAUGACUCUGAUGAUAAAUCACAUCAUAAGAUGAUUUUUAAAAAAUCAUUUAUAAGCUUCAAGACUACAGUGCCUUUGAUCUAAGCCUUCUGAAUCCACGUAUGUUUUCUUCCAGCUUUGUGAAUCUCGUAAAUCACAGCACUAAUGAAAUGAAGAAACAUGUAGCUUCUCACAAAAAAUUCUUGCAGGAGAUUUCUGUUUCAGCACAACAUGCAAAUUAAACCAAUAAAAGUAUUUCUUCCCCAACAGGUUGGGGUAGAAAACACAGUGAGCA